CCCAUUGACCUACCCACGUGUACUUUUAAACCAUAAAGGAGGAAAUGCCUUCAGAUGCUGCUAAAAAGCGCCAGCAGCAAAAGGCCAAGAAGCUAGCAGCCAAAGGAGGGGGGAAGAGUAAAGGAUCAGUGGGUGGGGCCUCAUUAGACCCAGCAGGAGCCGGUUCAGCAUCACAUCGAUCAACUACCAGUGUACUGACGUCACACCCACUGUCACGUGAUCUACACAUUGAGAGUCUAUCACUGACCUUUCAUGGAGCCGAGUUAUUGUCCGACGCUAAAUUAGAAUUGAAUUGUGGGCGGAGAUACGGACUGGUGGGGUUGAAUGGAAGUGGUAAGUCCUCUCUCCUAGCGUCUCUUGGUCUACGUGAGGUAGACAUUCCUCCUCAUGUUGAUAUAUACCACCUGUCGGAGGAGAUGCCCUCCAGUGACAAGACUCCACUCCAGUGUGUGAUGGAGGUCGACGAGGAGAGGAUACGUCUUGAAGAAGAAGCAGAUGAACUCUCUAAGAGAGACAGUGACACUUACAGUGAGAGGCUGAUGGAUAUAUACGAGAGACUGGAUGAACUGGACGCAUCCACUGCUGAGACUAAAGCCUCGAGGAUACUACAUGGAUUAGGUUUCUCCCAUGAGAUGCAGCACAGGAAGUGUUCGGAUUUCUCCGGAGGAUGGAGAAUGAGAGUGUCUCUGGCCAGAGCACUCUUUGUGAAACCACACCUCCUCCUUUUAGAUGAACCCACUAACCACCUGGACCUUGAGGCUUGUGUGUGGCUAGAGGAGGAGUUAAAGAGAUACAAGAGGAUACUAGUCCUAGUCUCUCACUCGCAGGAUUUCCUCAACGGAGUCUGUACCAACAUAAUCCACCUCUUCAAACAAAGACUCUACUAUUAUGGGGGUAAUUAUGAUGCUUAUGUGAAGACAAGGUUUGAAUUGGAGGAGCAUCAGAUGAAGAGAUAUCAGUGGGAGAAACAGCAAAUGCAGCACAUGAAAGAUUACAUUGCUCGGUUUGGUCGAGGUAGUAAUGCUAAACAGGCUCAAAGUAAAGAGAAGGUUCUCAGUAAAAUGGUGGCCGGAGGUCUAACGGAAAAGGUUUCUAUUGAUAAGGUGGUCUCAUUCUCAUUCCCUGACUGUGGGUCACUCCCCCCUCCUGUAAUAAUGGUACAGGGGGUCAGCUUUAGAUACGGACCCGAUAAAGCCCUCAUUUAUGACAAUAUUGAUUUUGGGAUGGACCUGGAGACGAGGGUAGCUCUGGUUGGUCCUAAUGGGGCUGGUAAGUCUACCCUCCUCAAACUGAUUGAUGGGGAACUGGUACCAACUGAUGGCAUCAUAAGGAGACACGCCCAUCUUAAGGUCGGGCGAUAUCAUCAGCAUCUUAAGGAUCAUUUGGAUAUGGACGAGUCUGCCCUGACCUACAUGCUAAAGUGUUAUCCUGAGGAGAAGGAGGAGGAGCAAAUGAGGAAAGCUCUUGGCCGCUACGGACUGACAGGAAAGCAACAGGUGUGUCCAUUGCGUAAUCUUUCGGAUGGUCAAAGGUGUCGGGUUAUAUUUGCUUGGCUUGCAUUCAGACGCCCACACAUACUGUUACUGGAUGAACCAACCAACCAUCUUGAUAUUGAAACCAUUGAUGCUUUAGCUGAUGCUGUCAAUGAGUUUGAAGGAGGAAUGGUACUGGUCAGCCAUGACUUCAGACUAAUCAGUCAGGUUGCUAAAGAGAUAUGGGUGUGUGAGAGUAAAGGUAUCCAUAAGUGGGCGGGUGAUAUACAGUCUUAUAAAGAAGAGCUGAAGAAGAAGGUCAUGUCCUGAAUUAACUUAUUUAUUUAUUUAUUUAUUUAUUUAUCAUUAAUGGAUUUUAGUCUCAGCUUUUAUUGUCAGUAAUGCCUAAAGCAUUAAUUACUAUUCUGUAUCGUCAUUGUUUUAUUUUAUUAAUGCGAUCAAUCUACUUUUAAUGUGAAA